GUGGUCGGACAGUCUCACCAGUAGGCUACUGCAAACACGUCAAACCGUAUCCUCGGCGCUGCAGAAUUCUGCAUUUCUGAAGCGGCUGGGCGCUCUAUCCAUGUUUGCAUUCCUGUUAUAAACGGCUUUAAUCUACCCGGAUACAUUUUUGCCAUUGGCGGGGAUUCCCAAACGCUGGGUGCACGUUGAAUUCAGCGAGCGCGCCCCCGCUGGAUAGCUUCCCGUCACACCCACUCCAUAUCUGGCCAGCCUGGAGAGGGAGGACCGCUAGUUGAGCCAGUGCUGCAGUGAGCGCAGCGGGGGAUUCGGCGGCGCAACAGCGCAAAGACAACCAGCGUUGUAAACUUGUAUAUGGAGACUGCAGCGUCCCCGCAACGACAAAGUCCAACAUGGAAGAUUAUUUGCGGCGGGCCAAGACCAUGCUGGCAUCAGGACCUGACUGUCCUAAAGUCCAUGCUGUUCUAGGAGGGGUGGACCCAGAUGUAGAUUCUGUGGCUUCAACACUUUGUUACGCCUACUUCCUCAACCAGAAGGAGCGAUCAGACUGUGUGUAUGUCCCAGUCCUGUGUGGUCAGAAAUGUGACGUGGGGUUGCCGGGGGAGACAGUGCGGUACCUUAAGAGGGUUAGGGUGUGUGAGUCUGCUCUGCUGUGGAGAGACGACAUCAAACUACUGCAGCUCCACCACAGAGGAAAACUCUCCCUCACUUUGAUGAGGGACGAUGUGCUCGACAGCUCCGACUAUGAAGCUCUGGAGUCCAGCAUCCUCCGAGUGGUCCAUCACCACGAGCAACGGGCAGGAGAGGAGGGGGUGUUGUCCAUGGCGAUGGUGGUCGCCAGGGAGAUUCUUCAAGAGGCAGUGGAGCAGAUCUGUGCGCCGCUGGGGGAGCUCUUAGGAGAGGCCCUGCGGCUGCAGUCAGAGGGGAUGUGGAUCAAAGUUGGCCACUGCUCGGUGGACCUGGAGGAGCUGCUGAGGGCAUUGGAAGAGAGAAGUAGCAUCUCCCCCUAUGAUGUCACAACCGGUCCUAACGCUGGCGAGGCCCAGCUUCAAGGUAUGGAUAUAGAGCAGAUGUUUCUGAAGGAGCUGAAGGAGUUCUCUGAUGGGGAGAUGACCAUGUCUUUCACCACUGUACCAGUAGAUCUGGAGGACUGGAAUGCUCGCCAUGGCCUGGUUGGGGAGUUGAAGUCCUUCUGCCAUCACCAUGGUUACGAGAGUCUAGUCAUAGUCUCAUCUCGCCAGAGUGACCCUCGCCAUCCACGCCAGCAGGUGGCAGUGUACUCCGAAAACUCUGACAUUCUCAACCAGAUCUGCUGUGAGCUGGAGGAGUCGGUGAGUUCCUCUCUUAGGCUGGAGCCUGUGGACUGUCCCCAGGGCUCCCAAGGGUCCCUGCAGCUCUACCACCACAAGGCCCUGGCAGACUCACCUCGAGGUCUAGGACCCCUGGUCAUGGAGCUCCUCAAGGAGUUCAUGGAGCGCCGGUGCCACUUGUUAGCCUGCGCCCCCACUAGCAGGACCUCCUCCACGGAGGGCGUGGCGGGCAGCGCCCCGCUGUCCCAGGGCUCCUCAGGCUUCACCGACAUGUACGGCUCUGACGUGGAGAGGCCCGAGGGCCCCAUUGCCGUGGCGAUGCCUGGUGAUGUGGGUGCUGACCUGGUGAGCCCGGACAGCGGCCUGGCAACCAUCCGCAGCAGCCGCUCCUCCAAGGAGAGCUCCGUGUUCCUAAGCGAUGACAGCCCGGUAGCCGAGGCGAUGGCUGGGGGUUUCCUCCUGAACCCGGCGCUCGGGUUCCCCUCUCUGUCCCCCAUCCCGCAUGAGAGGAGACACUCAAGCAGGAACAGGAGCGGCGAAAACCUUGAGCUGUUCAGCUUUGACCCACUGCACUGCAGUAACUCAUCUCCACCUGCAGAAGAUGCAGUGCUGCACUCCUCUCGAGGUACAGCAGGCCAUGGCAGCUCCAGCCUGUCUGAGUUUGAUGAGCUGAGCAUGGUGGAUUUCUACACCCCUGAUUCAUCAGCUGGGCAUGGAGGAUUGGUAGGAAGCGACUUGGUUGGGGGAGGAGCUCUGAUGGACCAGAGCAUGAACAGGGUCCCUCUCACUCCUGUCAACAGCCUUGUGGGUAGCAGCACUCACAGUGGCACAGAGGUCCGCUUCUUUCCAGAGGACGUCGCUGAGAGAAUCAACGGGCUGCAGCACAAAGAGAGCGUAUCCUCGUCAGAGGCCUGGGAUGACUUUGCCUUGGAUACUAAAGGCUCCACCUCGGAUGACGCCAACACGUGGAGCCUGACAGAGGCUGGGUAUGUCUGCACAGAUUGUCCUAACCCUGACAUUGAUCUGGAGGGAGUGAGAGAGGACGAGUACAGCGGAGGAGGAAGAGGAGAAGGAGAUGUGAGAAACGCUAAGCUGCGAGAAGAGAAGGAUGUCUGUUCCAAACCAGUGGAGAGACAGCUCACUCUUGUGAAUGAGUACAUAGAACCCUACGACACCUGGAACCCUGACUCAGGUUUCACAGAACCAUGGCAGCCGGUGACACUGGAGGAUCUGCAGCUCACUCCUCCGGACGAAGAGAACGGAGAAGGGAAGCUCCUCAAAGUCACAUCACGUGCACGGUCUUCUGUGGUAGGAAAAAAGCGAGCAUCUCUGGCCCCUCUCACGCCAGAGACCUCGAAGGAAGAAGAGGAUGGUCUAGUCAGGAAGACCACAGAGCUGGACUUCUGGACCUACUCAGCCCAGAAGGGAUUUCUCAAAUCGGACAGUGCGACCAGCGCCACCAGUGUCACGACCCCGUCCUACCCAGAGUCUUUGGACCUAUGGAACAUGACAAUCCACGAAGACAGCCAAUCCACACUCACUACCCCAGACAUGGCCGAUCUAUCGGAGCGGUCGGACUCCUGCGGGCUCCCUGCGCUGGGAACAUCCUUGGAGAGUCCACUGGGUGUGUCUAGUGAGGGGAUGGACAUGUGGAACACCACCAUACAGGAAGACAGUGCUUCCAUGGCAACCAGUCCGGAGGUCGCUGGGACUGGGAGGGAGGAGCUUGCUGGCAUGGAGCCCUGGGAGGCGGAGCCUGGGACAGACCUAAGGCAACAUGAGGGGGAGGGGAGAUAUUCUGAAGAAGCCUCUCCACCGCAAGAGAAUGUAAGGAGGCAGGCCCAGAGAGUUCAGAUAGUCAUCAAUGGAGACGAGGGACAAAUAUGUCCCCAAUCAGGGCAUGAUGAUCACAUGAUGACAGAGAAUCAAAUUACACAGGAUCAAAUGUCGGGGGCCAUGCUCAUCCCCGUCCCCAACAUGGUGACGUCUACCUCUGAGUAUGAUAACGUAGGAGGAGGAGGCAUCUGGAGUCAGCCCUGCUCCCCUGAUCUCCAGGCCAGCCCUGGAGCAGACACUACUGAGCUGAUCCAAGGUCAGUCCAGCCCUUUUAUAGCAGUGCUAAAGCCAGAAGCAAGUGGCAGCACCACUGAACAUCAGGCGUCCAUCGUGAAAGGCAACAGUGAUUAUAGCGGGUCAACAACGACAGGCAUUGAACAGUUGACUUCCACUGGCAGACAGGUGUUCCUGUUCGACGGAACCUCUGGACUGGGCCACGGGACCAGAAAUGGGAAGCUUCCAGUUCCAGGGGGGCCCUCUGUGAAGAGCGAGUAUGACAACAGAGGGCAGGGGUCUGAGGCAUCUGAUGGCCCCGAUUGGACAGAGGACCUGAGUAGCCAUUCCCCAUUUGUGCUGGUGGAUGAUGGCUCCUCCCCCACAGAGGAUGAUGCCUUACCUCUGAGUCACGGGGAGGAGCCAGUCACUGAGUUAAACUUUGACCAGACAUGGAAAGACCCAGCCACAACCCAGACUCAGCUCUCUACAUCCCCAAAGCUUGACAGUUGGGACCACCUAUCAACCCCUGUUGUAAAAGCUGGUGAUUCUGAAUCACCACCAAAUGGCGCAUCAUCCCUCCAAUGGAAUACUAAGGUGAUCUAUCCGGAUGGGGGACCUCAUCAUAUGGAAGAUAGCAUCCAUAGGGUUCCUAUGUCACUGAGCUCCAGCUCAGUGGAAAAAGAGAGGCUCAAGCCCAGCCCAGAUAGCCUUCCUCCCGGGAGCAGCGAGGAUGUCAGGUCCAACUCAGAUGGCGAAUCCUCAUCAGGCCUGGAGAUGGACUACAUCAUCGUGUCAGGGACAGUCAGAGAGAGUGAUAAAGAGAGGAAGGAUGAUUAUAGAGAGAGGAAUGUAACCAGAGACAGUGAUAUUGGCAGGAGGGAGGGGUCUAGAUCCUUAGAGACAUAUAGCAUGCUCUCUUAUGCGGCUACUUUACUCCAAUCCGGCACAGCCACUCACAGAAAUCACCAAGAAAGCAAUGAGCUAAAUAGGGGUGAUCGAACAAACAUAGAUAUCCACAGCCCAUUCUGCUCAGACGCAGGUGACAAUCCUAUUUCGCCUAUUCCCACAGAUGAAGACCACUCUACCCAAGCCAGCGCAAAUGGGAUUGGCUUCUGUCAAAGCUCGCACACAACCAACCAAAGGUACUCCGAAACAGCCACCUCUUAUCUUGUUAGCCCUCAAAUCCAAGUAACCACAGAGAUAAGCGGCUGCGGCCAAUCAGAUACCAGUCGGCCAAGCCUCCACCAGUCAGAGAUGAGCGUAGCGGGCCUCGAUAGUUCAGACUUGGAUGACGACAGCUAUGAUGGCCAGACGAACGCCAGAGUCGUAAAAAGCAGCAGCGCCUCCCUGAGAUACCCAGCAGAACAACACUUCCUCAAAGCCAGGGAGGAGGUCUACGUUCACUCUCAGAUCUCUCUGGAGGACUCGGACGAGGGCGGGUUCUCCCCCUCCGUCCCCCCAUCUCCCUCUCAACGGAGUCAGGGCUGGGGCUCUCUGCCGAGGGAACAAGACGACCAGCAGCGGCAUCACCCCCAGUCUCCCCUCCCCCUCACAGACAGCUCACAAUCCCCAUUGGAGGACAGCUCGUUGAUGGGCACUCCCGAGAACCUCUCAGGUGGUCCCUCUCCUGUCCAAGAGAUGGGGCUUCCGUUCUCAGGCGACCUCAUGGACAAGGAGGAGGAGGAGUUUGGCAUGGACCCUCCCAGUUGGGACACAGGUGAGGAGAUGGAGAAAGGUGUAUGUGGGGUGAUACACAGCCACGCCCAUGCACCAAACCCUGGGCCUACCGCUGAGCUACUGGAGAAUAUUGAGCACCCGAGUGGAGGUCAUUUCUCAGAGGAUGGUGAUAGACUGACAUCACAGCCAAUGAUUGAAAGGUUCUCGCAGAAUCAGGUUGACUUUGCAGCUGAGCAGCCAAUGAGAGAUCAACCCCGAAGACCUUUACAGGGCCUUGAAGACCUGUUAGUCGAUCAUAAAAUGGGAGGUUGUGGAGAUGAUUUUGAAGAAACGGACUCAUCCUAUCUGAGCUGUAUCCCCAAAGCCAAUGGAGCCAGCUCCCCUCUGUCUUACACAAGAGUUGAAGAUGUUGCAUCCCAGUCUUGGAGCCAGCGAGCCAGCGAGGGGGUUCCUCACCAGUGGACAGUGAGCCAGGACCAAUCCAACAACAGUUCCACCCAGUAUGGAUACGGACACACUGACCACCACACUGAACAGACUGAAGACCAUGCCUACUACCAAACCCCUGACCAUGCUGAAGAUGAGAGAGAUGAUCUCCUCAGCCAACACAAUGAGGCUAAAGGACAUACUACUAAUUCCUACUACUACCAUACUGAAGGCAAUGGCCAAGACCGGUCUGAUGACUGUAGCCAUUAUGACAGUGAAGGCCAGGCCCACUGGGAGUCUGAAGGUCAAGACCACUCCAGAACUCCUGAAGAGCCGUAUGAUCCCACGGGCAACGCUAAGUAUCUUCUUGAAGACCAUGCCCAUUAUGAGACUGAAGAGCAGACCCAUUAUGUUCCUGAUGACUAUUCCCACUUUCUACUCUCCAGGCCUGCUUCAGACGAUCCUGGGAUGAUGGCCUCAAAUAAAGACCACACAGAUGGGUUGGAAAACAGACCAGAUCCCCCUUCCUCUCUGGAGCUGAAUGGGGCCGGUCUCCCACCCAGGAAGAAGCUGGUGGCCCCGCCCAUGAACGUGUCUCUGGACCGCAGCGAGGGAUCCCUCCUCUCUGACGACGCCUUGGAUACGGGCGACGAUCUGGACAUCAACGUGGACGAGCUGGACACACCUGACGAGGCCGACUCCCUGGAGUUCAACGGAAUAGGUGACCCCCAGGGGUCCAAUCAGGAAGCAGAUAGGGAGCCUAGCGAGGCUAUCCCAGAAUACAGUGCAGAGGAGGAGCGACAGGACGCCAAACUGUGGAGGACAGUCGUCAUCGGGGAGCAGGAGCACCGCAUCGACAUGAAGUGUAUUGAGUCUUACCAAAGAGUCAUCUCUCAUGGAGGUUACUAUGGUGACCUGAAUGCCAUCAUCGUGUUUGCAGCGUGCUUCCUACCGGACAGUAACUGUGAUGAUUAUCAUUACGUCAUGGAGAACCUCUUCCUGUAUGUGAUCAGCACUCUGGAGCUCAUGGUUGCUGAAGACUACAUGAUUGUGUAUCUGAAUGGAGCCACACCCCGCAGGAGGAUGCCUGGAAUAGGUUGGAUGAAGAAGUGCUACCAUAUGAUUGACAGGAGGCUCAGGAAGAAUCUGAAAUCCUUUAUCAUUGUCCAUCCGUCUUGGUUUAUCCGAACAGUGUUGGGAAUCAUCAGACCCUUCAUAAGUUCUAAGUUCAGCAGUAAGAUAAAGUAUGUGAACAGCCUGGCGGAGCUACGAGAGCUAAUUCCAAUGGAGUCUGUGCACAUCCCUGAGAGCAUUAUCAAGUACGAAGAGGAGAGGGGUAUACAGACAUUUGCAUGUAUGAGAGUGGAUAAGAGAGUGAACUCCGGUGUUUGAUCAUUCUUUGGUGCCUGCUAUCCGUUUGGCCCUUGACAUAUGAACCUGCGGUUUAGAGUAGACCACAUUGUCCUGCCUGCACACACCUGUGGUGAAGAGGGGCUAUUCUACCAUGUAUGAUUCCUUAUUAGUCUGUCCCCACAAGAAAGAGGCACAGAAGCAAGAACCCAGGAGGUCCCCAAGUUAUGAUUUUUUUGCAGGCAGUGUUCAACACAACAUAAAACGCAUAAACUGUCACUUUUGGUAGUGAGUACGCAUGAGUAUUUAAAGGGGAACUGACAUAUAUUUUGGGAAGUAAUGGGGAUUGAGAGUUUUUGAAAGAAAUUGGAUUUCAUUUAAAGAAACAGGGUUUCUAAAUGUAAUAAAUUGUUUAAAACCUGUCAA